AUGAUGUUGCGCCAUACGUUCUAUAUACUUGCUUUGAUUCUGAGUGUUACCUCUUUAUAUGUGGUAGCUGCAGAGGGUGAUCGUGAUGAACUUGAAGCUGAGAAUACUCGUCUUUACGAUACGAUUGAGCCCCGUUCAUCUGGUGUUGGGCCUCAGGGUCCUACGGGUGCUCGAGGUCUUGAUGGUAGAGAAGGUCCUCCUGUUAAUUGUCCUCGUACUGACGGUGCUACUGACGGUACUUGUGUUAGUACUGCUGGUGGUUUAUCUGAUGGUGGUGAUGAUAGAGGUACUGAUGAUAUGAUGGGAAUAUCUAUUCCUCCUGGUAGUGUUGUUGUGCCUGGUCCUGGUGGUCAAGAAGCACAAGUGCAAGGAGAACAAAGUAAAGAGGCACGUGCAAAUAAAGGGAAAGGUGAACUAGCUGUGAGGAUUGAGGGAUCUGAAGAAAACGACAGACAAGAACCAGUCAGUAAAGAUUUAUCUCAUUCUACAAGCCACAGGAAUCCCGACGCACUUGAAAGCGAACAGACUCUUCUCGUGGAAAAUGGUAGUCAAGGUGAAGCCGGUCCAGCCGGCAAUAAUGGACAAUCUCAAGAAGGUCAUCUCACACCAUCUACAUCCUCUUCUACGUCACCCAAUACACAUUCCGCAGAUACAUCAUCUGACAGCAGCAGAACUGAACCUUCUCCCAGUACUUCAGCCACACCAGCUAAUGGAGGAUCAGAAACCACAAGUGCAAGGAAUGACACUCCAGCGGCAGGAAGUGAGACUACAAGUAACACCGAGGAUGGAGAAAAUGCAGAACCAACAACGAAUACCUCAGCGAACACGAACCCUGACACCUCCAAUGCACCAAAUAAUGAAGAAUCAACCACUACCACUACUACUACCACCACAACACUUCCUCCUGAACUCACAAACAACAAGAAGGGUGAUGCUGACAGCAGCAGCAGUAUCAGCAGCAGUUCUGUGUGGAUGCGUGUACCACCGCUGCUGAUUGUGGUUACACUGGCCUGUAUUCUUGUGUGCUGA